AAGGACGUGUGAAUUCCCUUCGAACGGUUCGUUAGUCGUCAGUCGAAUUUCGACACUUGGAAGCAACAUACGGAAGUGGAUAUGUAUUCAAUAGAUAAACUGAAGCACUGAGCCAAUCUCGGAGCGAAGAUGAGUAAUUAGUGAGAAUUGAUAGUUUUGAUAUUGGUUCAAAGUGCAUGGACUUUGUCCGUUUUUGUGCGAUAAGACGAAUUUCAUGUGUUUGUGAUAGACGGAAAUAAUCAGUGAAACGUAAUUUUGUCAUAUACUCCCUUUUCACUCAAACGAAUCAUGUGUCAUUCUUUGUGAAAUGUAAUACUUAAAAAAAAAUUAAAAAUUAAAAGUCGAAUUCGAGAAAUUGCACGGAUUAUCUAAAAAAUUCCACCCUAACAAUGAAGCGCCACCGUCGGUCACACGACACCACCCUCACUAUUAUUGUUCCGGCCACAUGCCAUGGAUUAUGCCUUUUAAUUAUACUAUCGGUCAUCAUCACCUGCACAGGAUUCGAGAUAUAUUUUCCUGUGUCCACAAUCAAAUUGGCGGUUCCUACAUCACAAAAACUACUUUCGAAUCUGGACAAGCAUCCCAUUGCACAUUUUCAAAUAGAAUCCAUUAAUAGAAGCUUAGACACAUCACAUUUUGUAUAUGAACUCGACAAUCCAGAAGACUACCUGGAGAUAAAUAGUCACAGUGGUGAUAUAUCUAUUGGAAAAAACUUUUAUAGAUUAGACAAACCGACAACAUUUAUAGUCACAGCUCGGAAUCCAUAUAAGCCAAAUCUGACAACGACCACCGCCCGCACAUCAUUGGAAAUUGAACCAAUUUCCGAGACGAGUCAAGAGAAAUUUUGUUCACAAUUGGGACGAAUCUGCUUUUGGAACUCAGCAUCAUACAGUAUCCCCGAGGAUAAAAAAGAACUUCACUUUCAACCAAAGAAAAUUGGAGAGUUGGGUCCUUACGGAUUCAAGUAUCUUUGUCCUCAGUACAAUGUUUCGUACCAGUUAAAAAAUAAUUCAGCAUACAUGACUGUUAAAAAGGAUAUUUUGUACACAAAUGAGCAUUUCGAUCACGACUCUUCUCAACCUGGUCCGUCGUUGGAUGUGAAUGUUGUGUGUUUGGUGCGAAAAGGUCCUAAUGGCGUGCCCACUGAAUUGGAGAGAACAAUUAAAGUAAAUGUUUUGGAUCGAAAUGACAAUGGACCAACCUUACAGGAAAAUGAGGGUGAGGAGAUCAAAUUUUGGCUGGAUGACCCACAUUUUACAAAGGGCGAAUACGUUGGCAGCAAAAUAAUUUUUUUGGAUCAAGAUUCCCUGCCUGUAAAUAGUCGUAUUAUCUACGAAAUUCACAACGACUCACUUGAAGUUUUUAAGCCAGACUGCAAUGCUUACGUAGCAGACCAUAGAGGGUUGAAUUCUUCGGUUAUCAGUUGCCAGAUGGUUUUCGCACGUGACGGUAUUCUUCGGCUGAGUCCAUACUGCGUAACCUUAGAAGCGCAUGAUCAGACAGUAGAUUCAAACGAUCGGAAAUCAGCUCAUGUGGAAAUAUGUUUUGAAACAAAUUUGAAUUUAAUUCAUGAAUCUGACCGUCCUACUGCUCUAGCUCUUCAUUCAGGGCCUCCAGUUGCUGAGAGUCGUCGUGGCCGGAAGAAAUCCAGGAAGCUUGUUCUAAGCUCAGAAGAAACAUUAUCUUCGAGUGAAUCAAAUCAACGAGCUCAAAAGCCAAUUCCAAUCAAUUAUCCUCGCGAUGUUUAUGUGUUCAGAACAGCUUUGAACCUGUCACGCGUUACUCAACCGUCACGAAUGAUUGACCUUGUAAAUAGGACAUUAGUUAAAUUUGAAAUUACGGAGGAUCCAACGCAUAUUUUCAACAUUACAUCAAGAUCAGGAAUUAUCUAUGUGAGCAAUGUAACUGCGCUAAGGACAGCGCCAGAAACAAUUUAUUAUCUAUCUGUCUCAUGGAACAUCGCCUCAGCAAAUAUAAUCAUUCACCUAGAGGAUAAUCGACCAGCAAAUGCAACUUGUGAAGAAUUACCCAAAAAUCGACUUACACCCUCCUGUUCUGAAGUCGGACUGAAAAAAGAUUGUACACAUUUAUGCGGACUAGGUACUGGCGGAGGUACUUGCCAAUGGCGAAGCAAUAAUGUGUCCAGGUCCACAAUUUACUACGCAACAUGUUCACCAGACAUAAGCUAUUGUCCUGAUAAUGUUUGCGAUCCACUUGAAGAACUAGGACAGAAGAACGACAUCUUUUUAUGCCCACAAGACUGCACCCCCUCUCAGGAGAUAUUUGGAAUACACACUACAAACAGCGUGAAUCGAGGUAUAUACUCUGCGGUUGGAAUCUGUACUUGUGAUGAUUUUGGAAAGUGCACCUGUGCUGAGCACAAUACUUUCACGUCGAUUUUUAAGAAAUCAAAUAAAAAUAAGAAAUUGGAUGCAGAUAAGUCUGCGAAUAAAACUCAGUUGGGGAAUUUAGUGACAUUCACGACCACCAACAAUACUACAACAUUUGAGUGCGGACCAUCCUGCUUAAUGCUCCUUAUUGGAUGCCCCAUGAUACUGAUAAUACUCAUCAUUGGGCUCUACCUAUCCAGACGCAAAUACAUGAGACGAGCGAAGCGGAAAACAAUUACUGACAGGAUCACAGGGAAUGGAAUGGACGAAGCGAGGAAUGAUAUGCCACUGGUUUUAAUGGACGGUGAAUUCAAACUAGAAAGCACUGCCAACUCCAAGUGGGAAUUCGCUCGGGACCAACUACUGCUGGAUAUCACUCUGGGCGAAGGUGAAUUUGGAAAAGUCCUCAAAGCGUUUGCCACCAACAUAGCUGGCAGACCAGGAAUUACCACAGUAGCUGUGAAGAUGCUGAAACCAGGAGCGAAUUCAGUAGAACAUUUGGCAUUACUUUCGGAAUUCCAGUUGUUACAAGAGGUCUCGCACCCAAAUGUAAUCAAAUUAUUAGGUGCCUGCACAAAAGGUGAUACCCCGUUGUUGAUCAUCGAAUAUGCUAUGUAUGGAUCACUUCGGAACUAUUUACGCCUGAGUCGGAAAAUUGAAUGUUCUGGUUUUGAAUUUACCAAUGGUGUUGAGCCAGUAACAGUUAAGGAUAUCUUGUCAUUUGCUUGGCAAAUUUGUAAAGGAAUGGCUUAUCUAACUGAAAUUAAGCUUGUUCACAGGGACCUAGCGGCGAGGAAUGUGCUGCUCGCUGAGGGAAAAAUCUGUAAAAUAUCAGAUUUCGGGUUAACAAGAGAUGUAUAUGAAGAUGACGCUUAUCUAAAACGAAGUAAAGAUCGAGUGCCAGUUAAGUGGAUGGCGCCAGAAUCUCUAGCAGAUCAUGUAUACACAACGAAGUCAGAUGUCUGGGCAUUUGGAGUCUUAGCUUGGGAGCUAAUAACGCUAGGCGCAUCUCCUUACCCAGGUGUUCCUCCACAAAACUUAUACCAUCUACUCAAAACUGGCUACCGAAUGGAACGGCCUGAAAACUGUUCCGAAGAAAUAUAUUCUAUAAUCCGUACAUGUUGGACUGAUGAUCCUGCGUCACGUCCGUCUUUCAAAUAUCUAGCAUCUCAGUGGGAGAAACUACUGGGUAAUAACGCCAGAUAUUUAGAGCUUGAAGCAAACGCGAUCUCAAAUCCCCUUUAUUGUCAAGAAGAUUCAAAUGAAACAGAAUCACAGAUAGACGACCUUGGCGAACCAGAAGCGUUAGAUCAUCUUUGGCGGUCACCGCAACCCAAUGACAUUAUCGAACAUUCCACCAGCAUGGAUCAGUGCUCGCAGAAUACUGGUACGACGAGUCGAGAAGAGUCUCAAGUUCCACCUGGCUACGACAUGCCACGUCCUUUGAUUGAAACUAAAAACGUUGAACAAAAUCUGCGAUAUCAAAAUGACCUUCGAUUUCCACUGAACAUUCGAGAGUCACGCACAAGUCAAACGCUCGAUCCUAAUCACUAUUCCGUCCCUAAAAAGGGAAUUUCCUAUGUUGACAUGACAAACACAAAGAACCUCAUAAUUGAUAACCUCGAUAAUGAGGAUAUUGAGAAGAAACUUUCCAAAGAUAUCUCAUUCCGAUUUUCAAGUUUACUAAACCUAAACGAUCAGCAAACCACCGUAGUGUAAGGAUAUUUGUUGAAAUCCUAUGAAGGGUAUAUUCACUGCGUCAAAUGGAAUGAAUUUGAGAACAGGACUAAGCUGCUAACGAAAGUCUCGAAACUUGAAAUGAUUGUGUACCAUAAGGAACGAAUCGCCUUCAGCCUUUUUUGCAUUCAUCCCCCAAUCCUGCAUUCGUGAAUAUCCAACCUCAUAGCGCCUGCAAUCUAUCGUCAGCUUAAAGAGAAAUGUAUUUAGGUCCAUACUUUCCACAUUGCACUAUCCUAAAUAUUAGCGUGAUUGAGAGGGAUAAGAAUAAAGGAAAGGAAAAAUUGAGCAAAAGACCAAGGCAAAUAGACCAAAGUAACAGACAAUGUAAGAAAUUUAUAUGUGAUUCUAAUUAAGUACUGUAAAUUAAUUCUUUUUUACUCAAAAUAUUCUAUAUAUAUGUAUGUAUUAUAAUAAACCUACAAAGGAGUUUGUAAGCAGUUAUUUUUCCGAUAAGACAAAUUUUAUACAAUUUGGUUGUUUUUAUUUAAAUAAGUAUUUAGCAGAACGAGGAGUAAUCCAUGUUUAGACUUUUUGAAUACCUCUUUAAGGUUAC